AUGAUCCACAAGAAUCCACAACCAAAUAUGGGACCAUCAUUGACACGGCCGGCAACGUCGUUAAGGACGAAAUACGAAGGAUUUAAAAAGGAUUUGCGAAAGAAGGUUGCCGCGCAAAAACAAGCUCUCUAUGGAACAGGAGGAGGACCUUGGACCGAACCAGAUCUUUCCACUAACGAGUAUAAAAUUUAUGGAUUGAUAUCCAUAAGUGUGGAUGGGCUAGAAAGUCGUUUUGAUGAUGAUGAUUUACCCUGUGGUGUCAAUAAUAUCCAGAGAAAUAUUAAUAAUGAUGAUGAUGAAGAUGACGAUGACACAAUAGCAAAUAUGCAGAUUGUAGAAAAUAUUGAAAUAGUGGUUGACAACACUAUGACAGCGGAUGAUGGUGCAAAACAUCAAGUUCGUGCAGGGACUAGUCGGGAAUUCACUACCGAAGACCAGAAAAGAAGUUGGACAAAGUGGAAACCUUCUGAUCUGAAAAGAAAUGUGUCGACGCCUCUCUCAGUUAAACGAAGAAGAAUUGUGUCACGGCCUGAAGCCACUGAAAAAGUCACAAUUCUGGCAGAGUCCAAAAAAGUGGUCAUGGAUUUACAGGCAGAGUCUUUAAAAUUAGAUGUAGAAUUUAAAAAAAAGAACAUGCACUUAAAUUACGCAAACUUGCGGAGGAACUGAGAGGGGCAGAAUUAGACAAUGAAAUAAAGGCAUUGGAAAAAGAUAUUAAAGCCAAU